AUGGAUUCAAAUAUUAACAUAAUAGUUUUGUUAAAAAUUUUGGAUGUUUUUAUGCCGGUGAAAUUGUCACGAGGUGAGGCCUUGAGAUGCGACUUGGCAGUGGACUUUGAGCCAGCAUGGGGUAUUCAUGAAAUUAGAAUCUUAAGGAUAUGGGGAAACGGAGAAAUGCAAGAGUGUCCAAGUUUGGAAUUGCGGACUUGCAGACUUGCAGUGAAGGUGAAGACAGGUGGAGAAGAAGAGGAGUGCAUGGGCGGACUGUGUCAGGGUGUGGGGUUGGUGGGGUCAUGGUCUGGGUCAGGUGAGUCAGGUGGGUGCGGGGUGGCUCGUGAUAGAGGCUAA